AUGUCCGGUCCUUCAAAUGUUCCACCAAGCUUUUCUGAUCGAGUCUCUGGGAAUGGCGCGCAGCAGCUUAUACCUUCUCGUCAUCCUGUACCGACUCAGAAUCCUUCUUCCUCGACAGGACUGAGACUACCCUCGAACAAGAAAACCAUCUAUGACCGCAAUCUCAAUCGCAGUCGGAAUGCAGAGCUUGGGCGAGCGAGCUUCGCAUUUUUGUUCAUGGAGAUGGUGAUCUACGCGCAGAACAGAGUCAAGGGUAUUCAAGAGCUGGAGAAGAGAUUGAAUGAGCAGGGUCACCCUCUCGGCCUGAAACUCCUCGAUCUCCUUCUGUACCGUUCGACACCUGCCGGUAGCUCCUCCUCGUCUUCAUCUGCUCAGGCAACCAGACCUCUACGAGUCCUGCCACUCCUGACCCUCCUCACAACGAAGCUCUAUCCUCUUCUAUUCUCUCGCCCUGCAGAUUCACUAGAGCAAUCUACAACCAAUCCUGGGGAGUACAUGAUCAUCGACAACACACCACUCACCAACCAAUUCAUUUCCGUCCCAAAGGACAUGAGUCAAUUAAGCUGUGCCGCAUUUGUUGCCGGCAUAAUAGAGGGUGUCUGCGACGGGGCUGGUUUCGAGUCGAGGGUCAGUUCACAUAAUCACGCCACUGAUGUCUGGCCCAACCGAACAGUCUUUCUCGUCAAAUUCGAGGAUCAUGUGCUUGAGAGGGAGAGAGAACUAGAAAGAGCUGGCAUAAAAUGA